AUGAAGGAAGUUAUGACGUGUAAUCGUUACCAGAAACUGAACCAGUACUUACACGUGUCAGACAGAGCCACAGAGCCAGCCCGUAACCAGCCUGGAUAUGAUAGACUCUAUAAGGUUAGGCCAAUUAUUCGUCAUGUGUCGGCAAACUUCCUAGACCGUUACACGCUAAGUCGAGAAGUCGCAGUGGAUGAAGCAAUGGUGCGGUACACUGGGAAACUUUCUUUCAAGCAAUACAUGCCAGCAAAGCCAAUCAAGAGAGGCGUGAAAAUAUGGAUGGCUUGUGCUUCGAACACGGCGUACUUGUCACGUUUCGACAUUUAUUUAGGAAGGAACAAUAAUCAAACUGAACAUGGUCUCGGUUACAAUGUGGUACGGAAACUUACAGACAAUCUUCAUGGGUCAAAUAGACAUAUUUACUUUGACAAUUUCUUUACGGGCAUUCCACUCAUGCAAGAUCUGUUACAGGAUGGACUUUAUGGCUGUGGCACGGUGCGUACAAACAGGAAAGGCUUUCCUACAGAAGAGAAAAAACCAACUAGUGUAAAAGAACGUGGACAGUUCCUAAUUAUGCAAAAGGGUAAUUCCAACCUCACUGCUACAUGUUGGAAAGACAACAGACUUGUCCAUCAUCUUGCCACGAAUUGUGACGAAUCUGAAGUAAACAUGACUACAAGGAGGAGUGGUCCUAAUGUUCUUGCUCUUCGUCAGCCUUCCACUGUUAACAAAUAA